AUGACUUUGUAUCAUUUUGGUAAUUGUGUCACUCUCUUGUACGUGCCACACUAUUUAACGUACAAAUACGCAAAUCUAUCUGAGUAUGGAGCAUUUUGGAAGUGCAUACAAGGUGGCAUUAUCUAUGCGUUUACCCAACUGUGCAAGAUGUUAAUAUUAGCAACGUUCUUUCCGGCCAACGAGGCGUCCAUAACGACAUUGAGUUUAUCGAAUUUUUUCAAAAGCUCCGUUGAUUUAGCAGAUAUUGCUGGAAUAUAUGUUAUAUUGCAAAGCAUACCUGGCAAGGGGCAUGCCAAGGUAAUGACGGCUGGUAUUGGCUGGGCCGGUGCUGAAAUAUUGUUGACACGAUUUCUACUCUUAUGGGUAGGUGCAAGAGGCACCGAAUUUGAUUGGAAGUACACACAAAAAUGUUUAGAGUCAAAUAUAAAUUUGAUGCAUCAUAUAAUGACCGCUGCAUUAGUUUGGUUAUGGUCCAGGCAUGACUUAAAUAAACUACAAUCAAAAUUUUCGCCAUUUGCUGCUGUCAGCAUUCUUCUGUUACUGUCUGUUUACCGUUCAGUGGUUAUAGACUCUUUAGCUGCUUGGCUUUUAAUUGAUCCCUGGUCUAUAAUCGCUAUCAAAGGAGUUUACACAAUUGUUCUAGGUUUAAUUAUGUUAAAAUAUUACACUAGACUUUCAACAUUAAUUGGAAUGUAUUAA